AUGGACAUUUGCCCUCCCCGACGCACACCCGAGUCUUUGAUAAAUCGUGCCAAGACCAAGGAAACUCAUCCAGGUAGCAGUACAGAGGGCACUACUGGCCGUUAUGGCCAACAAGCAAUUUCACUGGAACACUCUAAUGAGGCUCCCACCCAUGAAUCGCCCACACUGCCACACGCAACCCAACAAGACCUGAGUACUGAUGGGCAGAGCGCAUGUUCUACUGAUCUAUCCCAUGAAGGAGACAUUGUGCAACUUACGUGGAAUGCAGCAGACACGCUCGAGGAAGGUAUGACAACAAUUUAUGCAUGCUUUCUAGUGAACAGUGACACUGACAAGAUAGGUACGUAACACUUACGCGUGCAUAGCAAAUUACAUCCGACUCCCUUUGAAACAGUACUGCCCGGACGUAACGCAGAAGCCAUUGG